UACGCUUGACAUCGCACCUCUGGUCGCUCUGCCUGGGUUCGAAACUGAUACUGAUUAUUUAUCCCCAAGAAAAGGCGAACUAGGACCACCUGUCAGUCCGAUGACUCCAAUCACCCCUCGCCUUGGAAACGCUGUUGAUUUUGCGUAUGGUGAUGUGUUGCUGCCUCGCUGGUGAAUUAGUUCUUUCCAAAGUCAGAAAGUGUAUUUUUCGUUGAGAUAUUCGCUAUCAUGUGGGAUUAAAAGCACCACGGUUAGAAGAUGAGCCAUUCUAUCCAAACUUCUCGCAAAGGCUCUAGUAUUCACGAAAAUAUGACCAGCAGAUCUUCUAGCGGCUUCGGCGAGGAUAAUUUUAGUUUACGACCUGAUACGGCACCUGGUAACCCGAGAGAUCAGAUUUUACCGAUUUCUCCUUUAGCAAUGAAUGAGAGGUCGAAAUCGGCGCCGAGAAAUAUGCGAAUGACAACCAGAUAUGGUUCAGAGGGUCAUGUUAAAUUGUCAUCUCGUGAAAUUCUUGAAAGUGGAAGCCCUGUUAACCGACAAGAACGGCCAAAAACGGUUGAACCGGAAGUCCAGGAGACGUUACACAAAGAACAACCCUGGUACAUGGCUAUGCUAAGGGAAAAAGAAGAACGACUUCUACAAAUGGGCGAUGAGAUUAAUCGCUUGAGUGCUUUCGAAAUUGAUUCUAAACAAAAAGAUAACGAAAUAUUUGACCUUAGAAGACAGUUGGCACAAAAUGUUGUUAUAAAAACGACUCAAGAAACGGAAUUAGAGGCAAUUGUGGCGGAUCUGCGUAAGAGAACGCAAAUUUUGACGGACGAAAUUGUUCGUCUUGGACCAUUUGAAGAAGAAUGCAAAAAGAAUGAUAAGAUUAUUUCUCAAUUCCAAGAAAAAAUUGAAUUCUUAGAAAGAGAAUCGCAGCAGAAAUCUCGCCCAAGUACGCCAUCUAGUGGAGCAAAAAAGCCUUUGAUUUAUGUUGACGAAACAAGCACAACAAUUUCUGAACCAGAGGGUUCUUUGCAAAAAAAUCCACAAGAAUAUGACGAAAAAGUCGAAAGUGUUCGUGAGUCGUUACGAAGCGCUAAUGCUGAUGCAGACGCUUUACGAGAACGAUUCGACAAGAUGGCUCCCGAGAAAUUAACCCCUGAAGACGAGGUCAUGGCUAUGAGAGAAGAGCUUGUUAAAAGAGAGCAAAUAAUUUCUGAGUUGCAAAAUCGAUUUGAAACGUCGCAAAAAGAAUUGGUUAUGAAUGACGGCUUCAUAAACGCUUUACAGCGUGAUUUAGAAAGCACUGAAAACAAAGUGAUGAAAUUGACAUCUCAAGUUGAGAAAGCAGAGUUUCAGAUGAACGAAGCAUUAGCAGAAGCUAGGACAAUGUCAAAAAAGUUUUCGGACCUGCGGGAGAGAAGAAAACACAGCGAUAUGAAUGCUGAAACUGAACAUGAGUUGACAAUCCUGAAGAACGCUUUUAAUGAGAUUCAACAAAAAGCUGACAAAUUGAAGGAAAAGUCUGACAAACAGAGCAAAGAAAUUAGGGAGAGUCACAAAAAAAUUAAAAAAGGUGGCGAGCUAGAUAAAAAACAGUCGGAGGAGAUUAAACACCUAUGUCGUGAUUUGGAAGAUAUGCGACGUCUGGAGCAAUUAUCUCGAGUUUCCGCUGAGCAAAUGUCGACAAGAUUCGAACGUCUUCGCUCUCGAAUUAUUCAAGCUGUAUUUAUCACACCUGGAGCGGCUCAUCCAAGCACAGCGAUUAGCGACAUUGUAGUUUUUAACGCUGUGAAAAAGAUAAUUGAGGAUAGAAGUGAAUUUCAUAAGUUAUUAGAAGAAACAAACGCAGAUUUUCCACCGUUAUUAGUCGAGCUCGACGCAACUUUGGAAGAAGAAAAAAUCGAAGAAAGUAGCGCUACUACCGCAACGAGUCAGCAAGAACGAAAAUCUGGGAAAGGAGGAAGGAAAUCUCCGAAGCACAGAUAGUUAUUUUUUGCACAAUUUUAAUUUUUUUAUAUCACGUAUUAUACAGGGUGUUCAUAAAGUUCUAAAUUUUUUCUCAAAUUGUAAGGUAAUUUAUCUAUACCAUAAAUAUUUAAUGGCCAUUAUGUAUUAAUUAAUAAAUGAGUUUAAAAAAAGUUAAACAAGCAUUGAUUCGGAUAAAACAAACCUGGUUAAGGUAUAUUGAGAACUGACUUCAUAACAAAAUUUAGAAAUGUGUGAAUAGAAAUUUAUUGAUACUAUAUUAUAGUUUGUUUUCCUCUACAGGUGUAUUGAAUGAUGUAAGAAAUUUAAAUAAACGCUGAUUAAAAUAAACGAACCUUGAGACCAGACUGUAUAAUUGUAAUGAUGUAGACUUUAUGAACGCCCUGUAUUUAUAUCAUAUUAGAUAUAGGUUUUACACCUCAUUUCAUGUUCAAAUUUCUGGUAUUAGCAGAAUCCUAAUUGUAAUAAAAGACUGUUGAAUCACUGUAUUUAUUACCCCAAAUCAAUUUUAUUUUUUUCUAAUUUAGCCACUGUAGUAGUUCCAAUGUCCACUGUUGAAUAAUUUUAUGAUAAUUAAUUUAAUAAUGAUUUUUAUGGUAGAGUUUAGUAACAUAUUUUUUGAUUGAAGCAAGGUUGCAUUUUAACAACAUUGUGAAAAUAUUGGCGUUUCACUUUUUAUCAUAUAUCCAAGUCCAUGGAACCAGAAUCAGAUAAUCAACUUUCUAGCUAUUGCUAUACCCAUAGAAUGUUCUGUCAAUAUAUCCUUCAUUGCUGUUUGGGUUCAAGUAACAAAAGGAGUUCCAGUAAGAUUUUUAUCCUACAUUAGAUUAUUGUGUCAGUAUAUGCUUUCUUGUGUUUAACUAAUGAAGCAUGACAGUCAGAAUUUUAUUACUUUGUUUCAAUUAGGAAUAUUCUGUCAAAGUCAUGCUCCAUUGCUUUUAAGGUUCAAGUAAUGAGGCAUGGCAGUCAGAACUUUAU